AUGUACCCACCGGACGAGGUGCACACGUCAUUCAUCACUGACCACGCCAAUUUUUGCUACCAAGUGAUGUCAUUCGGUCUCAAAAAUGCAAGAGCCACCUACCAACAACUGAUGGAUAAAGUUUUCCACCAGAAGAUUGGGUGGAAUAUGGAGGUCUACGUUGACGACAUGGUCGUCAAAACCACUUCAGCCGAAGGUCAUUCUGCUGACCUAGCCGAGGUUGGCGGAGAAAGCAGGGCCCAUCUUCACCCUGCAACAGAAGCCGAAAAAAUUCGAGUGGACGGACCAGUGCGAAGAGGCCUUCAAGAGCUUCAAAGUCUUCCUCACGACUCCACCAGUCCUCCAAAGGCCGGAUCACUACGCCGACCUCCUCCUCUACCUGGCCGUGGUAGAAGGCGCAAUCAGCGCAGUUAUAGUACGAUUGAGAAGCCUGCACUAGCACUUGUCACUGCAGCUCGGCGUCUUCGACCUUAUCUUCAAAGUCACCAGGUGGUCGUCAAAACUGACUACCCGAUCAAGCAAAUCUUGAGAAAGCCAGAGCUCGCAGGCCGGAUGAUAGCAUGGUCGGUAGAGUUGUCCGAGUUCAGCAUUAAGUAUGAAAUUCGCGGCCCCCUGAAAGCUCAAUGCCUGGAAAAUUUUGUGGCCGAACUGACUCCAACCUCGGCCGACCAACCACAGGUAUGGACUUUACAUGUUGAUGGGUCCUCCAAUUCUAAGGGCGGCGGUGCAGGGAUUAUCUUGGAAGGACCAAAUGAAGUCGCCUUAGAGCAAUCUCUUAAGUUUGGCUUCAAAGUGACCAACAACCAGGCAGAAUAUGAAGCGCUUCUCGCAAGGCUAAGGUUGGCUCACGACCUCAGAGCGUGGAGAGCGAGUUGCAACAACGACUCAAAGCUCAUGGUGGAACAGCUCAGCGGGACAUACCAGACUAAGGAUACCCUACUGCAGAGGUACUUCCAUGUAGCCUCCCAACAGAUCUCUUCCUUCGAAGAAUUCACAAUACAUCAUGAGACCCUGAAUUCACCCAGCUUGGACGACAAGGUCGUCAACACCAGUGAUAGCGAAGACCAAGGAUGGAUGACAGGUAUUUGGAACUACCUGAAGGAGGGAAUUUUAUCCGAGGAUAAAGAUAAAGCUCGGAAGAUGAGGGUAAGGUCAGCUAAGUUCAUCAUUGUCGGAGACGAACUGUUCAAGUGCGACAUCUCCACCCCAUUGCUCAAAUGCUUGAUAGAGCCUCAAGCCACUUAUGUCAUCGAGGAAAUCCAUCGAGGGAUAUGUGGUAUGCACUCCGAUACACGCUCGAUGGCGACCAGGGUACUCCAAGCUGGAUACUACUAG